AUGCUCUACGACGACAGCCUUCCCGAGGAUCUCGACGCGGCAUGUUCUGCAGCCCUCAUGGCUGAUGUCGCUUGCGACCGCCUCGUACCGGCCCUCCGCCAUGACUUCUUCUACCCUCCUGCCACGCUGACUCGCAUGUGUACCGCUGGGUGCGCUUCCGCGCUUCAGUCAUGGGAAAACUCGGUUCGGUCCGCCUGUGGCAAAGACCUUGUCAUUCCAGACCUUGAUGCGUCACCCAUUAUGUUGCCAUCCAGCCGCCGGUACAUCUAUGACUUCACAUGUCUCAAGGAAAACAACGCCUUCUGUGGUCCCGUUGCGGCCCUGGCGACUUUCUUCACAAAUCCUGGAGUUUCCGCUUUUAACUAUAUCUAUGAACUUCCCCAGGGCGCUGUUAAGCCCUCGGAUUGUGACCCGUGUCUUGCAGCCAGACUGCGCCUACGAUCCGGGUCACCCUACUUUGAUGAUCCCAUCGUGGCCAGCCAGUCCAUGUAUCAAACCCUGACGUCCAGCUGUGGCAUCACGGGUAAGCCUGCUACUACGUCUACCAUUGACUAUUUCACCGGCCAGCCGGAGCCCACUGAGUCAGCCUGCGACGGCACCACGUACCAGAUAAAGGGCAGUGACGAUUGCUAUAGCAUCUCUAAAGCCCAGAGUGUCGGUACUGCCUGGAUGCUGUCCGACAACCAUCUCGCUGCUUAUUGUUACGAGUUCCCAACUUCGGGUAGUCUUUGCAUCACCAACACGUGCAAGACUGUUACAGUGGAAGUCAACACGACGUGCAAAGCCAUUGCUACGGCUGCGAAAAUUACAGAGCCACAGCUGCUGGCUUGGAAUCCUGUUAUCAACCCGGUCUGCUCCAACCUCGACAUGAUGAACGGCACCACGCUUUGCAUCGAACCACCUGGACCCAAGCUGCCACCCGCUCAGACGACGAACGUUCCUCCUGUGACGCCUACAUCUGCUGCUCCAAUUCCCUCCAAUACUGCCAUUGGAUCUAACAAGCCAUGCGGCCGCUGGUACGAGGUCGAAGCUGGCGACUAUUGUAAUCUGGUUACUCUCAAGUUUGCCAUCUCUCUCGAUGACUUUAUGUUCCUCAACACAGGCAUCAACUCCAACUGCACUAAUCUUUUCGCCAAGGAAAGCUACUGUGUCCAGGCAGUUGGUGAUAUCAACAACUAUCCUGGUCGUCCUGGAUAUGUCUCUAUCACCUUUGACCCCACCGCGUCCUUUACUGGCGUCCCCUUUACCAUGCUGCCCAACGCCACUAUGACUCUGGAUCCAAGACCGACUAAGAUCCCAUUGGCCACCGGUGUCCGUGAGGACUGCGAUUUCUACUUCAAGGGUGAUGAGUAUCAGUACUCGCCUGACGUGUUCGGGUACUGGAACAGCAACUGCGAGAUUGCAGCAUCCAACUAUAACGUCGACUUUGACAGCUUCGUCGCUUGGAACUCGCUCACGACAAACGUCACUGACCCGGCAUGCGUAUUCCAGGUCGGCCUGCGGUACUGUGGCUCCUGGGGCCCGCAACCCACGCAAGCCACCACCACAGCGCCCGAGCCCACGGGUACCGGACCCCAGCCGCCAGCCCCCACACAUGAGGGUCAACCGUCAGACUGUGAUGGCUGGCAUGUUGUGUCUGGUAGUGACUCGUGCCAGUCCGUCGCCGACAGCGCCGGAAUUUCCCUUGCGACAUUCCUCGAAUGGAAUCCUGCCGUCAGCGCCGACUGUACCGCCAACUUUUGGCUCGGACAGGCAUACUGUACACACAGGCAGGGUCAGGGCAUUAGCAUUACAAGCUCUGCAUCCAGCACAGCGUCGACAACGGCCAAACCUACACCCCCAGCUCCCACGCACACCGGCCAACCUGCCGACUGUAACAAGUGGGAUGUCGUGGCCGAAGGCGAUAGCUGUGGCUCUCUAGCCAGCGACAACGGCAUCUCAGCCGACCAAUUCUUCGCCUGGAACCCUGCCGUUUCCAGAGACUGCCUCACAAACUUCUGGCUGGGACAAGCAUACUGUGUUGGUAGAUCCGGAAGCGGCUCCGUCGUCACAACAACACCAUCAUCAACGAGAUCCUCUACCCCAUCCCCAACCGCAGCUCCAACCCCUCCCGCACCAACACACACGGGCCAGCCAUCAGACUGCAACAAAUGGGACGUCGUGGCCGAAGGCGAUAGCUGCGGCUCCCUCGCUAGCGACAACGGCAUCUCAGCCGACCAAUUCUUCGCCUGGAACCCUGCCGUUUCCAGAGACUGCCUCACAAACUUCUGGCUCGGCCAGGCCUACUGCGUCGGCCGAUCCAGCGUCGCCGGUGGUACCCCUACUACUAAGACGACGUCGACACCAUCGACAGCGAAGCCGACGCCGCCUGCGCCAACGCAUACGGGGCAACCGGCUAACUGUAAUAAGUGGGAUGUCGUACAGACGGGCGACGGCUGCGCGUCGAUGGCGAGGGACAAUGGUAUCACGGUUGAUCAGUUUUAUAGCUGGAACCCUGCUGUCUCGAGGGAUUGCGUGACGAACUUUUGGCUUGGGCAGGCGUACUGUGUUGGUGUUUCUAGCUAG